AUGGUGUGGAAUUAUUAUGAUGGCAAAAUCCUGUUCGUCACCGGGGGCACAGGAUUCGUCGGCACGACGGUCAUCUACAGACUCUUGAGCAAGGCAACGCCAAAGCAUAUCUAUGUGCUAUGUCGAGGUGGCUAUGAGAGAGCCAAAGUAAAAUGGUCCGACAUGCUACCCGCCGCCGAAGCCAAGACUCUCAUCCAAAGCAAUUGCAUGACGAUCCUAGACGGCGAGUUAGGAGACACUGCAACAAUGGACCUUUCCGACGAAGACCUUCAAAUACUGAAGCGUAAAGUGCACGUCAUUAUCCACGCAGCUUCCUCAAUUGCUCUCAAGAACUCACUCCGUGAGCUCGACUACACGGUCAUCGCACCCACAACUUGCCUGGUGCAAUAUGCCUUAAAAUUUGCCAAUUUGGAGAAGUUCGUCGUCCUCUCAACCGCCUACGCAAACGCUCAUCUCUGGACAACAAGUAAAUCCACCGAUGUCGCAGUUGAAGAGCGGAUAUACUCGCUCGGAUCCAAAGACGAAAAUCCCAUCGAAACGGCUCCCGAUGUCUGGAAACAACUGCAAAAAGAGGGAACCACGGACGAGUACGAAAGUCAUGAUUUUCCAUGGCCCUAUGCGUAUGCGAAACAGUUGGCAGAGCGGCUUGCUCUAAACAAGGCUGCUCUGAAAGAUGCCUCGGAUAAAAUCCUCAUCAUCAGACCUUCUGUCAUUGGACCGGCUGACCAAUUCCCUUAUCACGGUUUCACGACCUCAUAUUCGACUCCAUCAACAGCUUGCGCGGCUGCGUACGCACUACACCCCGGGCGAAAGAUCAAUUUGGCGACACGCUGCGAGAACCCGGAAAAGGAGGCGACCAUUGAUGAGGUACCGGUAGAUGUGGUUGCCGAUAGACUACUAGUGCAUGUCGCGCUCGGCUCAAGUGGAUGUGUCCAUGCAGUUAGCGGGACAAAAGGGCGACUGCGCCUCGAAGACUGGUGGGCGGCAUUCAAAAAGGAGCGGCGGUGGCCCUGGAAUGUCAAACCUGUUUGGAUAUCGGAGGAUUGGCAUUCCUCGAAUUUACAUCAUGUUGCGAAGAAUCUGAAGAUUAUUGGCACUUCCUUUGCUUUUUCGGAGGAAAAGACCGAUCUCAUUGCAGAGAAGCUCGAUGAUCGGAAUCUAAAGAUUUAUGCAGAUCGCUCUCAGCCAUAUCACAAUUCGCUUGUUCAUCGACGGCAUCAUAUUCACAAUCUUGCUCGGGAGAUGGCGAAGAAGAGUAGGUUGCCAGCAUGCUCAGCGGGGAUCUUAUUGAGGAAAGGCAAGCCUCCAGUUCAUUUGGACAAGAAGGUGGCAGUGAAGUGA